ACGGAGAGCAAUAACACAAGAUGAGAAUUUGAUAAGUGAAAACCCUAGAAGAAGUUUAUAAGAAUCUGUGCUGCAAUCAAAUGCCCAGUUCAAGCUGAAAAUUUGAAAUAAUUCAUGCAUCUACAAAUAGCACGAAUUUUUCAUGUUCAUUUGCUUCUAAUACCUGUUAGCGGAAGUGUCUUCUUCUUCUCUUCUACAAGCUGGUGAGUUAAAUCUACAUACUGAAGAAAACCUUCGUACUUUUCACCGAUUACGAUGUGUGGUAGAAGGCUAGUAUAUGCGCAAGUUUUACCUAAUAUUUACAGGUGUGUCGUGCAAAAUUUAGGCACUAAUCAUGCGGAUUUGUGUUUGAGUUUGUUUCCCACUAGCAUUAGAUCAUUCUCCACCAAAAUCGAACAAGUUAGAGAGGAUUACUUAUGUACUGUGUCAUACCUCAUAAACUCAUGUGGGUUGUCCCCAGAAAUAGCAAAAUCUGUCUCCAAAAGAAUCAAGCUUCAAUCUGCUGAAAAACCAGAUUCGGUCCUGAAAGUUCUAAGAAACAGUGGAUUUACGACUGCCCAUAUAACCAAAAUUGUUAGAAUGCGCCCUAAUUUACUUUUAGCCAAUCCUGAGAGGUCAAUUUUGCCUAAAUUUGAGUUUUUCAAAUCUUUGGGGAUCACAAAUGCUGAGCUUGCGAGUGUUUGCUCUUCAACUCCUGCUAUAUUGGGUCACAGUUUGGAGAACCUACUCAUUCCUAACUUUAAAUUCCUCAAAAGUGUGCCACUCUCUGAUGCUAAUAUUAUUAAAUCGUUUAGAAACACAUCAUGGCUCUUUACGUUUGACUUGGCAAAGAAUGUGUCUCCAAAACUUGCAGUCCUGAAAGAACUUGGAAUGCCUGAGCCAUUUAUUGCACUUGUUUUAACAUGUUAUGCGCCUAUAGUCCUCCAAAAACGUGAGAACUUCGACAAAAAUGUCAAGAAGGUUAUUGAAAUGGGUUUUGAUCCUCGGAAAUGUGGGUUCAUUCAUGCAAUGAAGGUGUUUGUCUCAAUGACUGAAUCAACUUUGGAACAAAAAUUUGACCUUUUCAGGGGGUGGGGGUGGUCUGAUAAGGACAUUAUGUUGGUGUUAAGAAAAUACCCCAUUUGUAUGAAUGCCUCUCAAAGCAAAAUAAUGAAUGGAAUGGAUUUUCUUGUGAACAAGAUGGGUUGGCAGUCCACAGAUAUUGCCUUGUUUCCAAACGUUUUCCUUAUGAAUUUGGAAAAGAGGGUAAUCCCUAGGUGUUUGGUAAUUAAAGUUUUGCAAUCGCAGGGGUUGGUGAAGAAAAAGUUGAGCCUAUGUGCAUGUGUAAAACCUGUUGAGAAGGUAUUCUUGGAUAGGUUUGUGACAAAAUACUUGGACAAGGUUCCUGAAUUGAUGAAUAUCUAUCAAAGGAAGGAAGGCUUUCAGGCUCUGGAUAUGAAUAUUUGUGUUUCUUCCAGCAAACCGUAGCAUGUCAACUUUCCAAACCUAAAACAAUUGUAUGAUCUCUUAUAGGUGAUUAUUACAUUUCAGCAUUGUUGUUUAUUGAACAAUGUUGAAUUACUUCAGUUGGUUCUGCAGAGCAACACUGUUUUCAUCACUUUCCAAUUUGCAUUUGAUUGUAUACUUUAGUUCAUAUUUAGAAUGUGUAAACUUUUAAGCUAAUUUGUUACAUGACUAGUAGAUGAAGAAUUAUGUGGUUUUGCUUGUGCAACUUCUUUGUUUGGUUGACGUGUGCUCCUGUAUAAUAUUGUAAUUGCAAUAUUCUAUCAAUCUCCAUUGCACUGGAGGUGCAUUUCAGGUAUGCAGUGGUGAAGUUAAAUUCCUUGUGGGAAAGAAGAUAUGUUUAUUGAGACUCAGGACAUCAGUGAAGGGGAUUGAUAGGUAGUGUUUUGCUUAAUUAGAAAUAUAUUUUGGAGUGAAUUUUAGUCUGUCUUGUGUGCUGAUGUCCUCUGAAAGUGCUUCAGAGACACAUCUUGUGUUCUAGUUUUUUAAUUUGUUUUA